AGUAACGGGGUACGGCGUGCGUCAGCGGCAUUAGUGCGAAAUUUUUGAGAAGUGUCUUCGUCGCACAAGAAGAGCUCUGAGAGCCGAGAGCGCGUAUAGUUUCCGAAGGAGGCAUGGUCAGGUAGAAAACGAAUUAUGCUGAGAAGCGGUCUGUGCCAGUCGGUGUGAUGAAAUAAGUUAUAAGUUUGACAGUGCCGCAGAGGCCAAGGAAAUUAUUCGUGGAGUUCGUGGUGCAGAAGAGAGUGAAUGGGCCAUCACUCCCGAUAGAACCGCACAAUUCUGCAUCUUCGGACAUUUUCUCGCUGUGUAGCCUCGCUGAUAUCGUGGAAGAGCGUGUAUUGUGGAGUGACGGAAAAAUAUAGGGGGCUUCUUCUCGUCAAUACGCGUGAGAGCACAGUCUCAAUUUAAGUUGGAUGUCAGCGUGAGCACAGAAGUGUGGCUCCCUUCCUGCGAGAAAAUACGCGUUACUUCGGCCAGGAGUUGAUAAAAUUAGUUGAUUUCGGUGGGUGUGCAAAUGAGUUUGGCGAUAUUCUCCGCUUGAAAACGCGUCUCCCAAAGAGCCAAAGAGAGGCGCACAGCAGAAAUGCCCCAUUAUCCGUCGACGGGCGCUCAUUUCAAGGCAUUACUCACAAUCUUAGCUCGCUCUCUGAACACGAUAUGGUAGUUCUUUUUACGCGAUCAUCUGCAGUGUGUUGAGUGCCUUGUUGUUCCCGAGUCGCAUUGUCUUCUUUUUUCCCCUUCACGUAUAAUUCCGACCAUUUUAUCAGAAUAUUGCACCUCUAUUUCACGUGGAGGAUGCAAAAUAUGCCUGCCAAUGCGUCUGUGAUUCGGUGAAACUGUGAAUUUAUUUAUUUUUUCUCCAUAAACGGUGUGUUAUUACAUCAUCAAUAUCAUCGCCAGGAGAAUCGAGUGCGUACCUUACUGCGAGCUUCUGAGUGACUUUUGGGCAGCAGCAGUAAUUACUGUCCCAGCGAAUAGUGCUGACUUCUUGGUGUCUGACAGAUAUUGAGGAGUGCGCGUGUGGACAAUGAAGGGAAAGACCCUGGGCGAGGAGGGAGUGGAGCAUUCACAUGAUUGCCUUGAUUUGAGUAUUCUGAGAAAACCAAUUUCUACCUCAAUAACAGGAUUCAACGAAGCCCGAAAGGCUUACGAGAAUGGCACGGAGGAGGUACGACAAUUAAUGACCAAUGAGUGUGACAUUGUGUAUGAGUGCAAGGUCUGCCGCAACAUCUUUCGCAGUCUGGCCAAUUUCAUCUCCCACAAGCGUGUCUAUUGUCGUCAGAAGUUCAAUGCAUCCCAGCACUUCCAUUUCCCUAGCAACGGUUUCAUUGAUCAGGACAUAUCAACAAUAAUUCAAGCAGAACAGGAGUAUACGAACUACAGCGUGAAGGACAAGCCUCCGGAAGCGGUGGGCAAAGACCUGAGCAGCAUUAUUGAUCGACUGACAGCGAAGAAGAGUGUCGAGAGAAUCAUGAGACUGAGUGACUUCUACGACAGAGUCCAUCAUAAGCUCACACAGGAUGAGGUGAUCCAGAGGAACCACGUGCUGCAGCUAGACAGGACGCCUGGCAGCAGUGUGGCUGUUUAUCAGACUGUCAAGCAGCCCGACACGGACAGCAUGAGAGUGGAAGUGGAAGAGGUCAGGGGCCUGCUGAUGGACAACAAGGCUGUCCUUGGGCCUGAUGGCAAGGCGAUCCAGCUGAACGAUAUACCACCUCUGCCCCCAAUUCUCAAUCUGGAUGACUUGGACGCCAGCUCAUCCCGCGAGACGGUGUCGUGCAAGAUAUGCCACAUGAAAUUCGUCACCGAGAAGACGCUGAAGCUGCACCUGGAGGCGAAGCACAUUCACUCUACGUACGUCUAUCAGUGUCCUGCAUGCCCUCAGACAUUCCUCACGCCAGCCGCCGUGAUUCGACACCUCAGCAAUGAUCACAAGAAAUCCCUGAAGCGCAUACGCCUUAUGAGGGAUACCAUUUACAAGAGGCGCAUCAGGAUGGAUGAGGUGCAGGUGAAGGGACCCAGUCGCGAGUUGGUGCGUCUGCAGACGGACCAGGAGCGUCAGGAGGCGGAUAACAAGGCGUGGCUGGAGAAUGUGGAAAACUACGACGUAGGUCAGUCCAUCUGUACUUACUGUGGUAAGACUUUCGAGCGUCGGGCAGUGCUGACGACUCACUUGAACAACUGCCGGCAGAAGAGGCGCACGGCCACCGUGACUUCCAGCAUGGCAAAAAAGGCAGAAAAGCCAAAGAAGAGCACCGUGGAGUUGAUGAAGGAGAUAAGUCUGAGCCAUCAGGACGAGAACUCCAACUCCUUCGAUAGCUGCACCACAAGUGUGUCCACCAACAAGGAGAUUAUACAGUCGAAUCUUCACAAUAAGCUGAACGCGAGCAUCGAUGUUGAGGCAGUGGACUCGGACAAUUCAAAUGAGAAGAGCGAGGUGGCGAGAGAAGCCGCUCCGGUGAAUAAGAGGAAGCGAAAGAGGGCCGGCAAGGUGGGCAAUGACAAGGAGAGGCCUGAGAGUGUUGCCGAUGAGAUUUACUGGAGCAUGGACGAGUCUGGUGUGUUGAGUGUGAAGAAGUUUGCCAAGGAUAGCGAUUGCCUGCCGCCUCCGCCACCGCCUGGUGCCACAGUGUCUCCCAACUCUAAGGACAAGAAGCCCGAGGGCGCCGAGAAGCUGCCCGAGUGUGAUAUCUGCAACAAGACUUUCGUGACCAAGAGCAAUCUGAAGCGCCACAAUGUCAUGUUCCACUACUUCAAGAAUCGCUUCCUCUGCAAGCUCUGCGAUUUUGGGGCCAACAAGAAGCUGGAGUUGAUUGCGCAUCUGGGUGUGAGGCACAGUAUAAUGGGGGAUAAGCACGUGGUGAAGGAGUUUAUCACACUGGCCAAGGAGGAGAAUCGAGAGAUCAUGAGGGAGAGGAAUGAAAUGAGUCCUCGCAGCUCUUCCAAUUCCACGUCUCUCCCAGCCAGUCUCUGUCCAUCGCCGCAGACAGUGGAGCCCAUUGAGGAUUCUACCUCAAAUUCAUCGUCCGUGCCCGAGGCUGGCCCACCGGCGCCCAAGAGACGAGGCCGUCCCAAGGGGAGCAAGAAUAUCAAAAGUUCGCUGGAUAGUGAGUUGACACAGCGAGGCGCGAAAGUGAUGAAGGAGGAGAGCAAAUCCCCAAAGGAUGAAAAAAAGAAGCAAGCCAGCGACAAUAUACCGAGAAGACCCAUCAGAAACCGCAUCAAGCCGGUGAACAAGGACUUUGUGUACGACCUGUCGCACUUGUUGAAGAAGGAGUCGGACAUCUUCAAGGGUAUCUUCCUGGAUCAGACACCAGUGGUGAAGAAGAGGGGCAGAUCGUCUCAGAACACCAGCAACAGCACUCCCACGAGCGUGAAUAGCGUCAAGAUUGAGGUGGAGAAGCCAAAAAGCCCAGAACCAGCCCCGGCGCCUCCUCAGAACGUCAGCCAGGUCAGUUUGAAGGAGGAGGCUUCUCCUCCCGUGGGUGUGGAGGACUACAAAAUUGACGCGGUCAAGGGAGGGGCCUUCGCGAUGGCAAAGGCUGAGGUGGCUUUACAUGCAGCAGCCUUCGCCAAAGUCCCUCCGGUUGUGGAGCGUCAUGCUAUUCCUGGUGUCUUCCAGGCGAGGUCUCCAGAUGAGGAAGUCACGCAGAAGGGCUUCUCCUGGUCGGAGAAGUCCCUCCCCAGUACACCGAAGAAGGGCAAGCGCAGCAUGAAGCAGAUGAGGAGGAUUUCCGACGACGUCGUGAUUAAGGGCGCCAGGAAGCAGCGUCAUCGGAAACAGAGCACGCCCGUGUUGUCCGUGAUAGCGCCGGAGUAUCGUCAUGAUGAUGCGAAGGGCGCAGCGCGGUCUGACGAGGCGAAGAAGGAGGACGAGAGUGUUGUCAAAAGAGGACACACCGAGAAGGAUUUCCAGGAAUUUCUCCUAGCCAACAUGAGGGACUCAGCAUCGGAGGACUCACUGUUCGGAUCGUCCCAGAACAUCCCUCUCAGUUUCACUAAUUCCAAUGGGAAGCGAAUCACGCUGCUCGAACGUCUGGCGGAGAAUAAGAACCGCAAACCGGACGCCGUGCACAGACUUUCGAAUCCUUUCGAGGACGACAGUAGCGAUGAGUAUAUUGAUUGAAUUGUAGUAAUAAUUACACAUUUACCAAUU